UAGUAAACGGUUCAAUUUCAAUUUGUCUAACGUUAGAAGAAAUUUAUAAAAAAUUUCGCAUUUCUUUUUGUUUCCUUUUAAGUUAAAACAAAUAAAUUAAACAACAAAUAUGGCUGAAACCGCCAACAGCACCCGUGUGGACUAUAUGGCCAUAAUUCAAAUGGUUAUUGAAUUUAUUGUUGUGAACAUAAAAUUCUGGUACAUCACAAUGGAAGCCUUCAUCAGAUCAUUCUUACACAAAGAGGAGACAAAUGUUAGCGGAGAAUUUGUGUUCAUUACUGGUGCCGGUCAUGGUAUUGGCAAACAAUUGGCUUUACAAUACUCCUCUCUGGGUGCUAAAGUUAUCUGCGUUGAUAUAAAUGAAAAGAAUAACAUGCAAACAGUUAAGGAAAUUAAACAGGCUGGCGGUAAUGCCUUUGCUUAUACUUGCAAUGUAACCAGUCGCGAAGAAAUCUUUGCCUUGUCUGAAAAAGUUAAACAAGAACAUGGUUUUGUUGGUAUUAUUGUAAAUAAUGCUGGUAUUAUGCCUUGCCAUCCAUUGUUGGAACAUACCGAACAAGAAAUCAGACUGAUGUAUGAUGUCAAUGUUAUGGCUCACUUUUGGAUUCUUCAAGCUUUCUUGCCCGAUAUGAUUGAACGUAAUCAAGGUCACAUUGUUGCUCUCUCCUCAUGCGCUGGUUUGUUCGGUUUACCCAAUUUGGUGCCAUACUGUGGUACUAAAUUCGCCGUACGUGGUUUUAUGCAAGCCAUGCAAGAAGAACUAUACAAACAAAAUCCUCAAACACAGAUCAAAUUUACUAGCAUCUAUCCAUAUAUGGUGGAUACUGGUUUGUGCAAGAAUCCUAAAUUCCGUUUCCCAUGGAUGAAAUUGGUAGAUCCUACAGAAGCUGCUGCCUCCAUUAUUCUGGCUCAACGCACCUGUUUGGAAGAGGCCAGUAUUCCCCGUUACUUUACAAGUAUUGAAAAGGUUGGUCGCUUUUUGCCACGCAAAGCCAUGCGUGUAGCCAACGAUUAUCUAGACGCUUAUGUAGAAUCUGACAAAAAAUAAGAUUUUUUUUUAGGAUUUUGUUAUAAUUUUAAAUAUUUAAUACCAAAAAACAAAACACAAAUUAAAACAAAAAUAGAUACUUAAAAAAUUAAAAUUAAAAAUAAAAUAAAUAAUUUUAUACUACUUUUAUAUUUAAAAGAAA